CAGUGGAGAGCAUGGCCACCCUGCGCAGGCUGCGAUCGGCUCCUCGGCACUUGCUGGUCUGCGAGAAGUCCAACUUCGCGCACGACAAGUCGCGUCACCGGCACGUCGUGGACACGCACUACCACAACUACAGGUGCGCGCUCAGCCUCAACACCCGCGUGGAUGAGGACAGCACGGCGGCGCUGCUGCCCGGCGGGAAGCUGAUCCUGUCGCUGGACAAGGACACCUACGAGGGCUGCGGGCUGCAGGGCCGCCCGUCUCGGCUCUCGGGCAGGGCCGCCCCGAAGUAUGUCGUGUCCAUCGACCUGCUGGAACUGGCCGCGCAGCCGGGCUCCAAGACGGCCCAGCGGGUCGCCUGGUCUUUCACAGAGAAGCCGCUCAAGUUUGACUUCCUCUUGGCCUGGCACCGGCCAGGUGCUGAUGCGUCCACGCUGCCCUCGCACUUCUCCAGCUACCGGGUCCGCGAGCACCAGCCCAAAGUGUCUGUGAGCACUGUGACGGACCUGCCCUGCCCCCUGCUGCAGAGCGGGGCCCUGGGGGGACAGCCCGAGGCCUCCUGCAGCGCCCCUGAGUUCCUGCAGUGGCUGGGGGCGGUCUUCUGCGGCGCUGACCUGAACAACCAGCCGAGCGACUUCGUGUCCACCUGCUCCUGCCCACAGCCCAGCGCGGUGGCCGCCCAGGCCUGCCUCUGCACCGUCACCGGCUUCCUGCUCCCGGACAGGAUCCGCCUGCUCCUGGACCAGCUCUGCCGCUACUUCGACGAGCCGAAGCUGGCCCCGUGGGUCACACUGUCUGUCCAGGGCUUUGCGGACAGCCCAGUGUCCUGGCGGGAGCAGGAGCACGGCUUCCGCACCGGCGGGGAGCAUCUGUACAACUUUGUGAUCUUCAGCAACCGCGACUACUGGCUGCAGAUGGCCGUGGGGGCCCAGGACGAGUGUCCACCAUAAAGGAGAGUCUAGGUG